GUCCAAAACAUUUGUCAUCACUCAACUCAACACAGUUGACAAGUCCGGUCAAUUUUGCUGCACCUUGGCCUGCACCUUCCUUCUCAUUACUUCAAAUUCUCCAUCUUCCUAACCAUUUUCUUCAAUUCUUCAUCCUAUUAACCCCUUUUCUCCUUGUAAUCAAGAUCACCACAACACAACAUCAUUCACAAGAUUUCAUUUCUCUCUCCCACAACAUAUAUUAAUACACACACAAACAACAAACACAGUAGUUACAGUUCAGUUUCUUGUUGUUUCGAUUCGUUUAAAAAACAGCACACCCCCAAGAGAAGAAGUAUAGCAUGUCAUCAAAGAUGGGUUUUCUAUUGAAGGAAGAGAAACACAAGAGAAUAUGGAGGGGUGUGAAGACUGUGUUCUUCUUGAUCACCAUGAUUCUAUCGCUUCUGAUUUUCUCAGCCCCGGUUCUCCUCGUUGUUUGUGACGCUCUUCUUCCUUCUGCUCUGCUCUCCACACUCUCCUCUGUUUCUCUCUCCCCUGAAACCCUCUCUUCCCACUUCCACAACUACGAUUUUCGUUACUCCCUCAUCGACAUACCCCUUGUUUCCAUCAUAAGAUCCUUCAUCAUCUUCUGUGUUUAUAGUUUGUGUGAUGGACCGAGACUCUCACGUGGACCUUACUUGGGGAUAACCACAAUUUGCUGUGUUCUGUCUCUGAUGUUUGUGUCGUUGAAAGGUGUUUACAUCUUCAGUAACAGAACAGGGGAAUUUGCAGCUUCUGAAAUUGCUCUGUUUGUGUGUUCUUGUGCGUUGGCUGUGGGGCAUGUUGUCGUGGCCUACAGAACAAGUUGCAGAGAGAGAAGAAAGCUCAUGGUCUACAAGAUUGACAUCGAAGCUAUUUCAGCUUGUAAAAACGGGUAUCCCAGCUACCUGAAGAUUCUUCAAGAAGAAAGAAUCAAAUGAACUCAAGGUUGCAGUGGCACCACUAACAUAUUAGAGGAAAUAUAGAAGUUUAUAUAGAGUUUCAACUAACAGCAGCUUCCGCACUAUUUAUAUAAGUUCUUGUCUAAGUCAAGGGACGCUAGGUUUAUCCGAAGGAUGCUUAGUAACCUUGACACCUAACACUAAUUACAGUAUAGGCUACAGUUCACCGCUACCAGGAUACACAAUGGAGUUGAAUGGUGUUUAGAGAUAUAUAUAUAUAUGUACAAUAGAGCUUCAUACUUGGCGAUUUAUGUCACAUUUUUUUCCAUUUCCCAAUUUUUGCGUGUCAUCUCCCCUUUGUUUUGUAUAUAUUGUAUAUCUUCUUGUAUAUAUAUAUAAACGUGAAUGGAUUUUAUAUUUUAUUAAUGAAGUAUGAAUUUGAUUGAUAAA